GCGGGCUGAGGGGACAUAGCUACGUACAUAGAUCUAUAUACAUAUUAUACGUACCUUGCUCCUGCUCCAGCUAGCUCCAGGCUGCUCUUGAUCUUUAAUGAAAAUAGGUAAAGAGAUGUUAACCAGAUGUCAAUAUUGCAGUGAAUGAUUAAUGAUCUUUACCAAAAACGGAAUUCUAGUCUAGACGAUACAUACAAACAUGUCCCCUACUGGCUGGUUGCUGUUGCUCAUGCACUGUUGCUGCUGUUGGGCCUCCACUGUUGCAGGGCUCUCUGAGGAAGCCUCGCAGUUGCCAUGGUGUGGGGAGGUUGAUAACAGAUAUCGUUGUGUGGGCAGGCAAGAUCAACUGUUGGUUUUACCCUGUGGCAAGCACUCUGACCAUCAAGGGCUUUCAUAUACCUACUAUCUUCAUUCCACUCAAGAGGUGUUGCUAAGCAACUCGUCCAGCUAUCUUCACUUGUACCCUCAAUGGAAUGAUAGCGGUGCAAGCAUUUGCUGUGUCCCUGAUAUCCCCACCAUCAACCAUUGGGAUAUACCAUGCUAUCAACUAACAGUGCUCUAUCCUCCUCGUGUUGUUCCCAUGGCGACGUGGCCAGCUGGUGUGAACAGGAGUCCUGUAAUUGGACGCCCGUAUGAGCUCACCUGUCCCCUGCAGAGUGACCCCCCACCAAGCUACACUUGGACGCGAUACAGGAACAUAGAUCGUCGGGAGAAAUUAAGUUUUGCCAGCGAUGUCGUAUUUUCCGAGAAUGGACGGAAGUGGAGAGUGGAGGGAUACACGGGAGAACAUGGGGGCGUGUAUGAAUGCCAUGCGACCAAUCAGAUAGGAGAUGAGAAUUAUAGUAAUGACGGACUGUUCUUCUUGCAAGCAACAAGUUGUUCCUAUCAUACAAGCAAUAGUAGCAUCGUCAUAUCUCCCAUGAAUGCCACGCCCCUUAUUGGCCAAGACCACACCCUCUCAUGUACCGUACACGCCCCAUUCUCGUAUGGUCUGAAGCCAUACUGGUUCAUCGUCAGGAGCAACGGUAGCCGAGAGCUACUCCCCUACAUACAACAACGCCCACGCUAUAACGAGAGGGACUGUAGCUGGACCAAUGAACUAACUGUGAGAAGGUGUAGUAGUGCAAUGGAGGGAAACUAUGUCUGUCAAUAUGGAGAGGAAAUGGCGUCAGUGGAGUUGGAGCUAGAAGCUCCAGUUAACAGUGGCAGACUGGUCUCCAUACUAGUGACUAGUGUCAGUGGUACCUUGGUGAUUGCAAUUGGUGUUGUGUUACUACUGGUGGGGCAGAGGGUCAGUCAACCAUCAUCAGCACACUCCACAGAACCACAGAGUACUGGUUUCAAGUAUGAUGUAUUUAUAAGCGCCCACGACGAGACUAGAGAGCUGGUUCAGACCCACAUCCUCCACCCCCUAGAAACGCAAUCCUCCCCUCACUAUCGGGUGUGCUGGCAUCUCAGAGAUUUCGUUGCUGGACUAUCCAUAACAGAGCAGAUUGCAGAUGCUGUGAACAACAGUCGCAAGGUUUUGUUCGUGUUUUCUGAUUGUUUUUCCGAGAGUAAGUUUUGUCAGCUCGAGUUGGAGCUAGCGAUGAAGCGAUUGGCUGUCACCAACACCCGAUGUGUAGUUCCCAUAGCAACGAGUGAGGGGGCGGUCCCGGCAAGAGUGCGACAGUUGCUAACGUACUGGCCAGUAGUACUAACAAGUGAGAGCAAUCUGAUUGGACGACUCCAGCAGAUACUUGGCGAUCCUGCUGGUUGCUAUGCCGACACAGCACAAGAACAGCGAUAACUAUAUGACUGUCAUAAUAAUUAAGUGUAAUGGCAUCGUGUCAUUUUGUUUGUUUUUAAUCCCACCCAUCCAUCCAUUCUGUUCUGUGUUAUUUUUGUGCAUUAAAAUUGAACAACAUAAUAAUAAUAAUUAUAGUAAUUCA